UCUUUUAUCUUUUCUUCUUCAUUUCUCAAUCAAUUUAUUCUCUUUCCCCUCUUUUGGGAUUCAUCAUUCUUAUUUUUCCAAAAUUUGUAGUUUAACUAGCCACACAUGUAUACAUCAAAAGAAGCCUUUAAGGAAAUAUUAAUUUCCACUGGCAUUAGAGGGAGCAGACAAUCUUCAAGCUCUAAGGAAGGAGAGUCUACUAAACAGAAGGCCAAAAUUCUCCAUCCACCCAUAGAAACUUUUUGGCAGUUACCUCCAACAAAAGAGCACAAGAGGUCUACCAAAUCAAGAACCGCGAAAACCAUAAUGUCUUUGCCAUUUAAGAAAAAGAGCAAAAGUUUGCAAACAAUUCUUGAAGGAUCACAUGAUCCUAAAGAUGAACAAAUUGUUGAUUCAUUUCGUCAGUUACUUUUUCUUGAUGGUCAGCUGCUAGAUAAAUACAAUGACUACCAUACACUUUUAAGAUUUCUUAGAAUGAGGGACUAUGAUCUUGCAAAAGCAAAGAACAUGUAUUUGAACUAUUUGAAGUGGCGAGAGGAGUUUCAUGUGGAUGAAAUUUCCAAGGAACUCAAGUUUGAGGAAUUCAAUGAGGUUAAAAAGUGUUAUCCUCAUGGCUUUCACGGAGUAGAUAGAUAUGGUCGACCAAUUUACAUUGAAAGAAUUGGAAGGGUAAAUCUCAGUAGGCUCCUUGAAGUAACUACUAUUGAGAGAUUUGUGAAAUAUCAUGUGUCUGAACAAGAGAAAACAUUGAACUGGAGAUACCCUGCAUGUUCACUUGCUGCAAAGAAACAUAUAGCUUCUACUGUCAGCAUCUUGGAUGUGAAGGAUGUGGGAAUUUCAAAUUUUUCGAAGCCUGCAAGGUUUCUCUUUCUGGAAAUUCAGAAGAUUGACAGUCACUAUUAUCCAGAGACGUUGCAUCGCCUUUUUAUCAUCAAUGCUGGAUCUGGAUUUAAAGUCCUGUGGAAAGCAAUCAAGACAUUUCUUGAUCAACGCACCCUAGCAAAGAUUCAAGUGCUCGGGGGCAACUACGCGAAGACCAUACUUGAAGUUAUUGAUCCAAGUAAUCUUCCAUCUUUCCUUGGUGGCGACUGCACAUGUUCUGACUAUGGAGGCUGCCUCUUUAGUGAUAAAGGACCGUGGAAUGACCCUUCAGUUACAACUAUACUUCAGGCAAUGCUUGAAGCUGAAGUGGAGAAUGUUGAUGAUGAAGAAAAGAAUUGUUUUUCUUCAAAAGAUUCCUUUGGUGGUGUUACUCCUGAUAAGGUACAUAUUAAGGAUGUCUAUGAUGUGACUCCAUCUACAGAUGAUACUUUUGGACAGCCAUUUCUACAGAAAAUCCUCACACUGCAAACUGUUAUCAGUGAAACAAAAUCAAAAGUCCAGGCAUUGGAAGCUGCUCUUAAGGACACGAUGUCGGUUAUAGAAGAACUUGGAGAACCAAUGGAAGAGCUGAAAAAACAAAUUAUAGUAUCAAAGUUAAGAUCUUGAGUUGCCAAAUGAAGAAUUUCAAUCUUUUUCCUUCUCUUUUUUUGAAAUUUCAUGGUGUUGUCAAUUGAUUUUAAAUAAAAAGAGCAACUAUGUUAAAUAAGGAAACCUAUGGUCUAUGGACGAAUAUGCAAGUAUACGUUAUGAGAAUUGCAUGAGACAGAGGUGUGGCUUGAAGUAUAUGUAUCAAGAGUUCUUCAUACUAGAACAAUAAUUACUGCGCCUUAAUUCCAAGAAAGUUGGAUUGGAUCGAGUUUCUCAUAAAUAGACAAAACUGAAUGGACUGAUGCAGACAACUAUUUGAAUUUGAGCUGCUUGAGAUAAACUAACUACUU